AUGUUUCCUAAAAAUAAUAGUUGCGAUUAUCGAACGUAUUGUAUGCCAAGAGAAUCAAAUUCAUAUUGUUCAUGUGAUUAUUUACCAUCGACAAAAGGUAUUGCAGCAUGUGCCAUCAUAGCUUCUGUAUUUCUUGGUCUUACUAUAAUAAUUCUAUUCAUUCAUUCUAUUAAUACAUCCGAAACUCAUUCAUUAGGCAUGUUUCUUAGCCUAUUACCGUUAAUUUUACUUUUAUUAGCAUUCAUAUUCAUUCUUAUUGCACUUAUACUUGUCGGAAGCUAUCUAUCACGAGAUAUGAUGCAUAUCGUGUAUGUGCCAGGUGAAGAUUCAUCAAUUUUACUGGAUAAAAAAUAUGAUGAUAUUCGUAUUGAAGCAAUUAAUGCAGGUAUUAUUUUAAAAGAAACAAAUGAAAAAAUCGAUGAAAUUAUUAAUGAUGGACAUACUAUUAAAUCUUAUGCACAUGAUAUACGAUCAAAUGCUUUACAAUUUUAUCAAAAUUUAAUUCAAUCAAAAAAACUCAUUCGAUAUUGUCAGCUAGUAUUUCUUCUAAUUAUUAUUACUAUUAUGAGUAUUUUUAUUGGAAAAAUUUUUACUAGAAAAAAAAAUUCAUAA